AUGCAGAAUUCUUAUCUGCUGGAACCUACGAUGAAAAAUAUUUACCUCGCCUUUGUGAAGAGUUGCAAACUGUAUUCGGAAUCCACCCACGAGUCGUUCACCGUGAUGCGUAACUGCGUAACCGAGCUCUAUGCUCUGGAUCCCGUGUCUGCCUACCAGCACGCCUUCGUGUACAUUCGCCAGCUCGCCAUUCACGUUCGCAACGCCACGACAUCGAUGACAGAGCAAGACAUUCACCUCGUGUACAACUGGCAAUUCGUGAAUUGUCUUCGUCUGUGGACCUACAUGGUCUGCCAGCCCUCCCUCAAAGAGGCCUUCCAGCCUCUCGUCUACCCGCUGGUCCAGGUCAUCGACAGCACGCUCACGCUGAUCCCCACGGCUCGCUACUACCCUCUGCGUCUGCACUGCGUGGAGCUCUAUCUCCAGCUCAUCACGGCCACCGGCGUGUUCAUUCCGGUCGCUCCGCUGCUCCUCGACCUCAUCGAGAACGACAAGUUCCUCGCCAAAUCCACCACCACCGCCAAGCCGCCCGAUGUCCGCUUCCUCACUCGCAUCCCCAAGACCUAUUUGGCGUCGCGGCCCGUGCAGGACGCGGUCAUUUCCAAGGCCAUCGCGCUGCUGGCCGAUUAUUUCAAGCUGUAUGAGCGACAUGUCGCCUUCCCGGAACUCGCGUAUCCCGUAGCGCGAUCUCUCAAGGCCUAUGCGAAGAAGUGCAGAGUGAGUCAGUGGAGCACUGCCACCAAAGCACUGGCCACCAAGCUGGAGAAGCAGAUCGAGGCGGUGAUUCGGGAGAGAGAGGGAAUUAGCGGAUCGCCGAUGGAGCUGAAGAAUGUGCAGGUGAAGAAGUAG